AUGUGGGACGCACUGUCGCUGUACGGGGGCAUCACUGUCUUGGUGGCCAGUCUUUUCACCCUUCAAAUGGCGUGGAAACGUCAGAAUAAGGCAAAGGCAGUGGUGGGGAAUAGAGAUUGGGUCGGGAAAUUCAUGUUGAAGCACAAGAAGUGGUUCCCGUUGGCCCUCCGCGAGGUAAAAGCGGGCACGAAGGAGUCGGACUGGAUAUUGUGGGUCUUCCCGAUCCCCCUCACAUUGGCGGAGGAUGAAAUAGACAUUCUCUCGGCCAGCAGAAAGGAGUACUGUGUGCCGACUGCAGAGGAAGGGAUUGCCCUCAUCCUGGAUGAAGUCUUUCACAAGGACCUCGUGGAGAUCAUGCAGGCGUUGCAGCAUCAUGGGAAUCCGCAAAGGGUGUUCACGAGCAGCAUCGAUCGGACAAUGUUCCGCAUGUCGAUCGACUACCUCAUUGGUAUCCUCGGUGAGAACCCGGAGGUUCUGCUGCAGGAUCAGCGUCUGCAGGAUCUGCUGGUCUUCUGGCGCGAUCAAACGGCGUAG